AUGCUCAGACCUCUCUUGCUUGCACUGGCGGCUGUGCCACUAUGCUUGGCAGCAUCAAACUCUCCUGUAGAGAAAUUCUCCGCGCUCGCUGAAAAGUCUUCCGACGGUGUAAUCCGGCUUGACGAAUCUCUCUUCGACGAGUUGACUUCGGCGAAGCGUGACUGGUCUGUUGUCGUCCAGCUCACUGCGCUUGGCAAGAACAUGAAAUGUACUCCGUGCAAGGACUUUGACCCGUCGUUCCGUGCUGUCGCGAAGGCUUGGUCAAGUGUACCGAAGGCCGAGCGUAGCAAGCACUUCUUCGCCACCGCAGACUUUGCCGAUGCAGAGGGAGUCUUCAGGAAGCUUAAUCUGAUGUCGGCACCAGUCGUUACUUACUACCCUGCAACCCAAGGCCCAAAUAAACUCCCCAGCGGCAAGACAGAUCCAUUCAACUACGACUUCAAUAACUUUGGGAACGACGCAAAAGAACUCGCCCUCCAACUCUCCAACUUCACACCCGUGCCCAUCCCCUACAAGGUCCCCAUAGACUGGGGCCUCGUCCUCUCAGUCAUCGCAUCCCUAACCCUCUUCGCACUCACCGCCCGUCUCCUCUUCCCCGUCAUCCUCAGCCGCUGGACAUGGGCCUUCGUCACAAUCUCCACUAUCCUCGUCAUGACCUCCGGAUUCAUGUUCGUUCGUAUCCGUGGAAUGCCCUAUCGUACGAGGGAACAUUCUAUGAUGCCGGGUUUUCAGAGUCAGGUCGGGGCGGAGAUUUGGGCUGUUUCGUUCAAGUACUUCGUCUUGUCAGCGUCCUUCCUCGGAUUGACGUUAGGCGCUCCACGACAGCCCAAGAAAACGGUCCAAAAAAUGGCGAUCUAUGCUUUCACACUCUUGAUCGUCUUGACUUUCUCUGCCCUGAUCAAGGACUUCAAAAUAAAAAAUGGCGGUAAGUAGUCUCCCUCAGUAUAUACUCUGGACACUAUUCUAACGACACGUCCAGGAUAUCCAUUCUCAUACGUACUCUGAGUUGAUGAUCAUACAUGUCA